GCCGGUUCUGUUGUCGCGAGUGCGUGUCGCCUGCCGUGGACGCGGUGCAGUGCAACAGGUGCUUGCAGACGGCGCUCCUGCACGCGGCCUCCACGAGCUGCAGCCACCCUGAGAUGUCGUGACAGUCAGCCUCAGCAGCACACAACGACUGCAGCGCCAUGCUCGGCGAGUUGGAGAAAGGCGACCUGGUAUGGUUCGAUCCGGGCGUUGGGCACGCGCUUCCGGGCGAGGUGCUCGAGUACCACCGCGCCGCGCAAGUGCUCUCCGUCCAGGCGGUCAUCAGCGGGAAGCCGCAGGUGUUCACGCUGACCAGCCUGGCGGGCGUGAAGAGGCGGCAAGACCUAGGCCAGACCGGCAUAGAUGACAUGAUACAGCUCUCAGACCUCAACGAAGCGUCGUUGUUAUGGAACCUGAAGAUCCGAUAUGACAGAGAGCUAAUUUACACCUACACUGGAAGUAUCCUGGUAGCCGUCAACCCGUACAAAAUGUUCGACAUCUAUGGCCUCGACAUGGUCAAGAAAUACGAGGGGCAAAUACUCGGAACGUUGCCUCCGCACCUGUUUGCUGUUGGCGCUGCAGCUUACAGUCAUCUCCACAAAGAAGGAAUGCCACCUGAAAAUCAGGUUGUAGUCAUCUCAGGAGAGAGUGGUUCUGGAAAGACUGAAUCAACAAAAUUGGUUAUGCAGUAUCUAGCUGCUGUGAAUAAAGCACCUUCAAAUCUGAUAACUGAACAGAUUUUAGAAGCAUCACCACUGCUUGAGAGUUUUGGAAACGCCAAGACAGUGCGAAAUGACAAUUCAUCACGGUUUGGAAAAUAUCUCGAGGUUCACUUUAAAGAUGGUGUAAUAAUUGGAGCCAAAAUCACUGAGUACCUGUUAGAGAAGUCACGCAUAGUGACUCAAGCACCGGAAGAACGUAACUAUCAUGUCUUUUAUGAGAUGUUACGUGGACUUCCAUCAGACCAACGAGAAAAAUAUGGUCUUCUCUCGCCUGACAAAUACUUCUACCUCAACCAGGGAGGCAAUGUUGAGAUUGAUGGCAAGGCAGACAAUGAAGAUUUCCAGUCGCUUCUGUCAGCAAUGCAGGUUUUGGGUCUUUCCUCAGAAGAGCAAGAUACAAUUUUCAAGAUACUUGCUUCAGUGUUGCACCUAGGGAAUGUCUACUUUCAUCGGAAACAACUCAAGCAUGGAACAGAAGGAGUCGAGAUUGGUUCUGAUGCUGAAAUUCGAUGGACAGGACACCUUUUGCAGCUCAGUGUUGAUGGAAUCAAACGCUCACUCACUACUAAAACUACGGAAGCUCGUGGUGAACGUGUCUUCACUCCGCUGAGCAUUGACCAGGCUCUAGAUGCUCGUGAUGCCUUUGCAAAAGCUCUUUACAGCACACUUUUCUCCUGGUUGGUGUCUCGAAUCAAUCAAAUUGUUUUCAAGGGCACCAAACGGACUGCUGCCAUUUCUAUUCUCGAUAUAUUUGGAUUCGAGGAUUUCAAGGAGAACAGCUUUGAACAACUAUGCAUAAACUAUGCAAAUGAAAAUCUUCAGUUCUAUUUCAACAAGCACAUUUUCAAGUUAGAACAACAGGAAUAUGCUAAAGAGAAGAUUGAAUGGCAAACAAUCACUUAUACUGAUAAUCUGCCAGUAAUACAUCUGAUAUCUAAAAAGCCUGUGGGUAUUCUUCACCUUCUGGAUGAUGAGAGCAACUUUCCAAAGGCAACAGAUAUUUCGUUCUUGGAAAAGUGCCAUUACAACCAUGCUCUUGAUGAGCUGUACUCUCGGCCCCGUAUGUCUGGAAGUGAAUUUGGAAUCCGACAUUAUGCUGGACAAGUAUGGUAUAAUGUUGAUGGCUUCUUGGACAAAAACAGAGACACUCUGAGGCCUGAUGUUGUGGAACUCUUAAUCAGCAGUAAAUUGAGUAUGCUUAGCAAGAUGUUCCACAGUUUGCGUUCUAGUCAUGAAGCAGCAAAAACCAUUAACAAAGCUAAUGGACGCUUUGUCACAAUGAAACCAAGAACACCAACAGUUGCUGCACGCUUCCAUGAUUCUUUGCAGCAUCUUCUGGAUUCUAUGUCAAAGUGUAAUCCAUGGUUUGUGCGCUGUAUCAAACCAAAUAAUGAUAAAGCACCAAUGAAAUUUGAUAUGCCAAUCGUCCUGGAACAGUUACGCUAUACAGGUAUGCUGGAGACAAUACGAAUACGGAAGAUGGGAUAUCCUGUAAGACUGAAAUUUGCUCAAUUUGUUGAACGUUAUCGCUAUUUGCUCCCUCACAGAGGUCGCACAGUACAAAGAGGAACUCCAUUCAGAGAGCUAUGUCGUGUGAUACUUGAAACGGCAGCAAGUGGUAGUGGUGAUUACCAGUUGGGAACAUCACGUGUCUUCCUACGAGAGGGCCUCGAACGAAGACUGGAACGUGAGCGUGCUGAAGUUGUUAAAAAGGCAGCCGUCACUGUGCAGCGACAUGUACGAGGUUGGCUGGCUCGACGACGAUACAGAGCCAUUCGCCGAAGUGCUGUAGUCAUCCAAGCACACCUGCGUGGCUGGUCUGCUCGACGGAAGUACCGCACUGUCAGACAUGGAGUUAUACGUGCUCAAGCACUCUUCCGUGGGCGUAGACAGAGAGUGCGCUACAAACAGCUGAAGGAAGAACUAAAGAGACGAGCAGAAGUUGAAAAGGUAGCACGUGAAAGAGCCCGAGUGAAGGCACAACGUGAGGAGCAGGAGAGGGCGUCUCGUGCUGUAGCUGGUGUGAACCACCUGGAGAUACCUGCAGAGUUAGCUUUCAUUUUUAGUAAACUUGAUGAUUGGCAACAAGUCCAUUCAGAAAGAAAUUUGGUAAAAGUAGUUGGUGGUGUACAGUCAUCUGCCCAGAAUGAGAAGUAUCAUCUACCACAUGACAUCGAUCAUUAUGCAUUUACUAAAUUCACCAAUGUCUACUUCAAGAGUCAUCUUUGGGGCAUGAAGAGGGAGCCUAUUAAGACACCGUUUCUUGCUAAGUCAAAAGACAUUGAUUAUCAGGAUUCACUGGCUAUUUUCAAGCUGAUUCUGAGGUUUAUGAAUGACAAUAAUUUGAGUGGCAAGAAAGAAAUUGCACUUGGUGAUUAUAUAGCCAACAAGGGAAUAAUCAAUGAAAAAAUGAGGGAUGAAAUCCUGUGCCAGUUGUGUAACCAGACGUGGAAAAAUGAGAAUGAUGCAAACAAUGAACGAGGGUGGCUGUUGAUUGCGAAUUGUCUCUCUGUCUUUCCACCAUCAAAGACACUUUACAAAUAUUUACUUAAGUAUGUGUCAGAUAAUGCAUAUGAUGGCUACAAAGCAUUGUGUCAGCGAAAGUUACUGCAGUCUGCACGUGUGGAAAGUCAGUUGGCUCGCACAUAUCCCCCUAGUCUGCUUGAAUGGCGAUCCAACCGCAAGCGUGUGAAUAUGGCCCUUACAGUGCAUUUUGCUGAUGAGGAGACUCGAACUGCAGCAGUUGAUUCAUGGACAACAUGCGAGUCACUUGCUGCUAGUGUCGUUCGAGAACGUGGAAUUCCUGAAAGUUCAGGUUGGACUGUGGCUCUUGAGGGUGGCACUGGUGGCAAUGGUCUGGAGUAUGCCCUCGAUCUCAUCUCAGAGAUGGAGUUGAUGCCUGCAUUUCCUGCCUGUAAGAAUCCCACUUUUGGAGGUUCGCCUGCACCACGACAAAAUGUUAACAAGGUGGUUACCUCUACUCCUAAUGCAAGCCCCGUGCCUGGUGACGUAGAGCCUACAACAACCCCUAGACGACCAGCAGUGCCUCCACCAGAACCACCAGUUCACAAGCAGCCAGUCUUGGAUGUGCCAACGCCAGCAGCUCGCAGAGAGGAGCCUAGAGUUCGUUCACAGUCUCGUGACCACACUGUCCAGCAGACUGGUCUCUCGAGAAAAUCUGCACUUAAUGACCGCUACUUUGAGGACAGGGGACGUAGUCGUAGUCUCGAUAAUCUCCUUGAAGCGGAUGUGGCUGUCGCUCCAGCAGUUACACCCAGUAAGCUGUCAAGUCUUGGACUUUCUCAAAGCCGACUGAAUGAACGUUACCAUUCUAUUGAGAAAGUUGACAGCACUUCCACGGAACCAGGAAUGAGUAUGAUGCUGACUGCUGUCUCAAACAAAGAAUAUAUGACAAAGUCAGAAGCAUUAUUGGAGGAGAACUUGGAGUCUGUUUCCCAGCGAGGAGAAAAUACUCGAAAAUACAGCCACAGUGCCAGAUCAGCAGAAAUAAAUGGUGGUCAUGCAAGCUCUUCCGCAGCAUUGGAUCAGUUACCAUCUGAUUUGUUGGAUGCCCCUCGUGACCGUGAAGAGUUGGCACUUGAUUUUGACUACCAUGAUUUGGUGAGUCAGUCCCGUAGUGAGGAUGACAAAGGGAGCUAUGUACGUCCAGGCCACCCACGGUUUAUAAAGUCACACUAUGCGGGUAAAAGGGCAGCACCAGGCAGCCAUUCAAGUCGAGCGUACAUUGAGACUCGCAACUCAGAGAAAUCAGAGUAUGGUGGCAAGUCAUCUGCUUUGUCGGACACAAGUGAAGCACCUUCUCUUGCUUCACAUGUCCGACGUGUUCGAGUACCCUCUCAAGCAUCAGAUGUGGACCAGUUCCUGGAUGAUCUGUUUAUGCCUGUGCUUGAUGGCAGUUUGGAUGAGCUUUCAGAUGCUCGGUCUUUAGCUGCCUCCAUAAAAGGAGGGGGAAGUGACAAGACUCAUGAAGACAGAGAUAUGGAUGAUUCGGAUCAUGAAGUAGCCAGCCUUACUAGUCAAGGAAACAGGUGGCAACAGGAAAGUCGAAUAAUUGAGAAUGUGGAAGAUUACAUAAAAGAUUUGUUCAGACCAAUAUUUAUUAACAGUAGCCUUCGUGGUUUGACAGAAGUUUCAGCUAUGACAGAAGCCAUCAAGGGUGGUGGUGGUAUGGAGACACAGCAGACAUCAACACAACAGCAAACAACUGCAGCAUUCGGAUUCACACCCAUUGCUAGUAUGACAUCACCGGCACCUGUGGUCAUGUCUGGAAUGAUGUCACCUCCACCUGUCAUGAUGCCAUCUCUUCCCAUGUUUAGUCCAGCUGCAACACUGAUGCCAGCUGCCUCGAGCAAUCUCCCAUACAUGGCAACCGGCGGAGUGACAGGUGCGCCUUUCUAUUCUGCAGUUCCUGAAGCUAUGGGACACCAACACAACUUCAUGCCUGUGCCCAUUUACAGUAUGCAAGGUCUGAGCCUGCCAACACCUUUUGGUGCUGCACCAACGGCGCCAGCAGCUGCACCCGGUGUGGACCCGGGCGUGGCUGCUGCUUAUCAGCGUGCCUUCUUGCAGACAGCAAUGGCACAAAACAUGCAGAUCCAGCAGCAGCUCUUAGCACAAAGUCAGGCAUUGCAACAAAUGCUCACACAGCCUGCUGCACAGUUGCAGAUGCAACAGAUGCAAGUGCAGAUGCAACAGCAGCAGCAAAUACAGCAACCUGCCUCUCAUCAUCUUGUGUCUGGACUGCACCAAUUUCCGGCACCUCCGCCGGUACCUGCUUAUGAUUCUAUAGACAGGAGUUCGAAGGUAUCUUUUCGAGAGCCGGAAAAUGGAGAACUCUGGUCAACUGAAAAACGCCAGACUACAUCUGUGCUGCAGUAUGCUGUGACACCUGCCUCCGCCAAUGGGCCUACAAGUAAACAGCCACCAAAACCCCCACAGAUUCCUCAGCAGGGUUCUCCUCUCAAAGAAGCUGCACCUUCACCUAGGAAAAUGAGCCCCACAAAAAAUGCACACUCAGCUUUCACAAAUGUAUUGUCUGAGCUCAAGAAUAGGAAGAGUUCAGUUGAAUCUACAACAUCAUACACUAAGGCACCAUCACCUGGAAUGGCACCACCUCCUCCCCCUCCACCUAUGCCACCACCUCCUGACCAUUCUGACCCUUCAGAAGCUAGACCAUUCUUAGAUCCAUAUGGACGAGCAAAGACUGUUCGCAUUGGGAAAUGGCGAUGGCCUCCUCCUAAAAAUGAGACAGAAGAUCCCAAUGACAGUUUUUUGCAGUUCAAGCUGCGGCAGCAUCAACGCAAGAAUACACCACAGUCACAGCAGCAAUACAGCCAGGAAUAUGGUGAUAUGACUGAGGGCAUUGAAUGGGAAGAAUUUGAAAUACCAGAGAGAGGGGGAAGGGUAACAUCUCCUUCUCCAAGGAAGGACAGUCAUUCCAGCAAACCACCAGAAAUCUCUCCAACUAAAGAGAAAUCUUCUGCAAAGGCAUUUGAAGUUGGUGCUUCACGUCCAGCUCCAGGAAGUAUAGGAAAGCUCCGCAUCAGCAGUGAAAUGCGAUCAAAAUUGGAAAUGGUGACAGCAAAUCAUAGUAUCAGGGCAAGUAACAAACCAGAGAAGCCAGCUGUUCUUCCUGCUAAGCGAGAAGAUGCUCGUCCAGUGAGGAAGUUAGAAGAUAAUCGCCGACACAUGCUAGAGCAGCAACUGACCGGUCGGUGGGACUCUGUUGACUCCAUUGCAGACAUUCGAGGUGUUAGCAAGGAAGAACGAUCAGAUGUACAACAAACAAAUAUUGUCCGGAGCCAGGUAGAACGGAUGGAAAAAACAACUCCAAACCGCAUAGAGGAAAAACUACCUACCACGAAUGGAUGGGAUAGGCCAAGUGCAAAUGCAAUGGCUGAUAAGGCAGCUUGGGAGAAAGGUAUAGGCAUGAGUGGCUGGGAGACAGCAACCUGGGAAAGAGAACAUGAGCCGUGGGAGAGGCAUACAGGUGUCACACCGAAUUCUGGUUGGGACACAAAGCCAGCACCAUCUGCUGCCAGCAGCUGGAGGCCCGCUCCUCCACCACCUCCUGUCACCCCACACUUCAUCGAUACAUCCCCUACAUCACGGGCCAGCAGCUUCUAUUCCCAGAGUAAUACAAAUGCUCUUCCGAGGCCACGUUCCCCACCACCUCCAGUGCAACCUGGAGGGUUCUCUCAGCAGCAGUUGCAGCAACAGCAUACGUCCUAUCAACAAGUUGGUGCUUCUAGUCGACUCAUGGACAGAGACCGCCGUUCUUCUGCAUCAACGCAUCUGACAGAUCGUAUGGAACGUAUUGAGAUUGAGGAGUCAUCUGAAUUCCUGCAGCCUGUGGAUUCAGCACCACCACCAGCUGUAGAGCGACAGGAUCCUAGCCAUCAGCUUGAGGCUAUUAAAACAGUGCUGUUUCCUCCCAGCACUGCUGCUUACUUCACAUACAAUAGAGUAGCCUGGAGGCUUAUAGUCAGGAAAGAGGUGUUCACACCUAGUGAAGUCCUCACCAGCCCAUUGGCCUUGCAUCUAGUCUUUUGCCAAGUUGUCCAAGACUGUCUUAGUACUGGUUGUCUUCGUAUUUCAAGGGACCAGCGUACCAAAAUGAGAAAGUUGCUGGACAACUAUGGUGUUACCCUUAGCAACAUACACUCAGCUCAGCAAAAAGUUACCAUUAAGAAGAAUGUCGUUGACAUUGCUAAAGACUGGCCUAUUUAUUUUGCAAGAAUAUUUCCCGUAUCGGGUGGUCAUCAGCAUCCGACUGUUCAGCACCUGGCAGUAUCUCAUUCUGGGGUGCGUCUAGUGCGGCAGGACAAGGCGUCGUCCACCCAUGAUGCCCUUACUGUCACUGACACUUUCAGCUUUGACGAGAUUGCUGAAACAUCUGUACCAAAGAGCAGUGCAAUACAGCUGAUUCUGACGUCAGGUGUACGUAUCUUGUUAUACACACACAGAGCCAACCAGAUUCAGUCAAUGAUUGACAGGUACCAGUUGGAUUAUGAUAAGCUACACCAGAAACAGCAGCCUGUCAUUUCGGCUGUGGAUGGGUACCACCACCAGCAACAGCAGCAGCAGCAGACACAGGGUCAACAUCAACAAGUAUCACUGCAACAACACCAGCACCAGCGCACCUCACCCCAACAUGGAAGCCCAAGGCGUGCUAUGUCACCACCUCCAGCUCACAACCAUCUGGAUGCAUGGACUGGGCGGCCUCAGCAUACAGGAACUGUGCUCACCACAGCACAUGAGCUGUCACAGCAGCAGUACCAACAACAACAACAACAACAACAACAACACACUCUUCCAAAUCAGCACGAUGGCAAGCACUCGUUGUUGCAGUUCGCAAUGCUGCACUUUCGACAGAGUCCUGAGAAGUUUGAGAUGCUUAAAGCAGCUGAUGGAUCCAUCAGUGGCUCCUUGAAAGUGAUAGAGAGUCUAAAAAGUAAGAAGAACAAGAGCAAGAAAGGCAACAAGGAGAAUGAAUGGACAUGGAAAGAACAGGUGGAUCUGGUGAAAUUUAGUUCAUCACCAAUUGAACAAUCGUUAUUACGCCUGGAUUCCGUUGAACUCAAUGAUAUAGCCAUUGAAUGUUUUGUAUCAAUUAUGAGAUAUAUGGGAGACCUCCCCAUGCCAGCUGAUGUGACAGAGGUCAAAUGUGUUUAUACUAUACUUAUGCAUUGUCACAAACAUGAGCAGUUACGUGAUGAGGUCUACUGUCAACUCAUGAAGCAGACCACCAACAAUAAGUCAACAAGGCCAGACUCUUGCCAACGUGGCUGGAGGCUUUUUAGUAUAGUGGCUGCAUAUUUUGUGUGUUCGGAUGUACUUCGACCUUAUCUAUUUAAAUAUCUUGAAACAGCUGCUUAUGAUAAGAGAAGAGCAUACCAUGGUACUGCAACUGUGUGCCUGCAUAACCUACGUAAAACUUUUAAAUAUGGUGGUCGAAAAAAUGUUCCAAGUGUAGAGGAAAUUACUGCUAUCAGUGCAGGACGCAACUCAAAACGACAGAUAUACCGCUUACCUGGAGGCACAGAACGAGUUGUAAACACCAAGUGCACUACAGUUGUUCAAGAUGUGAUCGAGGAGAUGUGUGCUAUGAUAAAUGUACAGUCUCCAGCAGAAAUGGAUGAGUUCUCAUUGUACUGUAUAGUAGAAGGGGAUACAUUUACAAUGCCACUGGCACGUGAAGAAUAUGUGCUUGAUGUGACCACAGAACUCCACAAAAACCAGCAGGUUUUUUACUUAAUAUUUUGCCGGUCUGUGUGGCAUUUCCCUCUACGGCUUGACUCCCAUCUUUAUAUAGAAGUAGUUUUCAACCAAAUAGCACCAGAUUAUCUAGAAGGACUUUUGUUGGUGAUGCCAGGAGAGCAAUUGGAGCAAGAUGUCAUUUAUGACAUUGCUAAGAUGGCUGCAUUACUGCAUCGUGCUGCUGACAUGACACAUCUGCCAACAAUGAAAGAAACGAAGUUCUUGUUACCAAAGCCUGCCUUAUCAGUACGUGAUGUGAAACCAGCUCAAUGGGUAAACAUGGUGCAGAGCAACUGGCAUGAUGUCCAAGGACUAUCUACAAUACAGGCCAAAGCACAAGUAUUAGACAUUUUAUCUAAAUGGCCAUUGUUUGGAUCUAGUUUCUUUGCUGUAAAGCGUGUGUCAGAUCCAAAAGAGCGUUCAGAGCACAUUUUGGCCCUCAAUAGACAUGGUGUCCAUUUCAUUGAUCUGGUGACACAUGAAACACUGAUUCAUUAUCCCUUCUCUGAGGUGAUCUCAACCAGAAAAGUGAAGUCAGAGGAUGGCACUCUGUUUCUGGAUAUGAAAUGUGGUAACCUGAUGCAGCAGCGUAUUACUCGGCUACAAACAGAUCAAGCACAUGAGAUUUCACGCCUCAUUCGGCAGUACAUUACGAUGGAACAGAGACUCAGGCAUUCGUGAGGAGAAUUUCUGGUACUGCCUUUCACAGGCAGAACUGUUGUGUUAUUACAGACAUUGUGAACAUUUUGUGCUUCUUGAGAGAAAGGCCAAGUGUAUUACCAUUAGUGAAAUGUGCAGUGCAUCUGUUGAACAUGUAAAAUUGAAAAAAAAGAAAUUAUUCCCCAUAAAGGGAUGAAAGGCAAAUUCUUGCAGCACCACUUAAACUGCAUUUAUAUUUGCUUGCAAAAUGUGUAAUGAACAAACCUUGAUGUUGUAAAUCAAAGUUUUGUGGUGAGAAUAGUCUAAAUUUUCUUAUUCUGGAAGGACAUUGUUUGAGCAUCAAGCAUAUGAUAUUUGGAAAGUGCUGGUUUCAUAUAUAAUUUGUCUUAUUUAUAUUUUUAAUGGCUAGUGCUUGUGAGACCAGAAAAAGUGUUUGAAAAAUAUUCAUUGACUGAAAGGUGUUUUGUACAUUCAGGGUGGCAAAUGAGUAAGAACGAAUUUUACUGUCUUAUUGAGAAUAAUUUUUGGCAUAUUUUAAAUUGGCAGAUAUCCCUGAUAUGUCCAGCUAGUAUAGUUUUAAGUUGUCAUAUUGAUAUUAUCUGUUACCAGAUAUCAAAAAGGUUCUGUUCUUUUCUAUGUAUAAAGUUGUCUACAGGUGCGUGUUAAAUGUAGAUUAAGCAUCUGUGACAGUAGUGCAUCUACAUUUUUACUGUAAAGAAUUAUGUGCAGCUACCAAUAAAUUUGUGCUCAAAUGCAAUAAUUUCUGUAAAUUUAUUUGUAAAUACAUAUAACUGUAGCAAUCAUAAUUUGUCAUAUCACAUGCUGCUAUGGUUAAUUGAUGGCUGAAUUUUGCUGAGUUGCUUUUGCAAUAGCAAGCAGUAAGCUGUAUCUUUUAAUAACAUAAGAAAUGUCUGUCACUAAAUUGUAUCAGUGCUCAGGUUUAUUUACUGAUAAGUAUACUGGUCACGACUUUGUAAUUUUGUAUUGAAAUGUAGUGUACUCUUGAAUAAGUGGUGCCAAUACUUUGAAUUAUUAUGCAAGAAAUAUAAGACUUUUUUGUGUGCUGAACCUGUUUGGACCAUGAGAAAAGUAUGUUUGUUGUAAAGUGUGAUCGUAUGUGCAGAUAAGACUUUUGCACCUAUUAUUUGCUCAGUCAUUUAUUAUUUUAUGUGUUAUAUGAAAUGUGUAAUCAUAUGAGCUAAUUAUUUUACACCUUAAUCACAUGUAAUUAUAUACUUUCUUCUUUCAAUAAUAUGGCAUUCAUCCUGCAGUUCACAGUUUUCCCACUUGACAUUUGUAUGAUAUCAUUAACAAGAGAAGCCAGAUAUUGUACACCAUGGAUCCAGAUAAAUUGCCAUUUGGAUAUGAGAGAAAAAAAGCAGUUCUACAUUCCAAAGUUUGUGAGAAAAGUAACAGAAAUCUAUUCUUUGGCAUACAACUCAUAAUGAUUAUAAUCAGAUGUUGGUGUCACUCAGUAGAUGAGUGACUUAGGUAUUAUUAUUUCUGGGUUGUCAGAAAGACCAGUUAUUAUUAAUUUUAUUUUUUGCAUAAAAUAUAAAUUAUUAUGAAAUAAGACGAAAUUCCAGUGUUAUAUAUAUUUGUAUUCAUUUGAUCUGGAAAAAAAUAGUGAAUAUUAACAAAUUUCCAUUUUUAUUUCAUUAGAAGUUAAUAUUUAUUUCAAUAAAAUGUGCCUUUGUUACAAAGUUCCAAAUAUCUUUGUCUAUACAACAACAUACAUAGAAUGCAUGAGGAACACCUAAAAUACUCCAAUAUUGAUUGUUUUGUUUAAAAAUAUUUUUCAUAGAAACCUUUUCAUCAAAAUUGUAGUGCGAAUUUGAACCUGAAUUCAAAAAUCUGGAGUAUGGUGCCUUCAUCACUCGUCCAAAGGACAAUAUUACAAACUGGUUGUAGUCAUUGGGGGAUCAGUGACAGAAGAAACUUUCGAUCUUUCGUGUUAGUUUCUAAAAAUGUAAUGUCACAAGCUAAAAUUUAUAAAUAUCUUCUGUUAAUGUAGAACAUCUGUACUAAAUUUCAUAUGAAGCCACUGCCCACAAUUGGUGCAUCAAAUGCCCCUCACCUUGCAUUAAAAACAUUCAAAAUUUCAUUUCUUUUUAUCUUCUUUCUAAUAAGUCUCUGUCUGUCUUUUUUGUUACCAAAUGUUUUAAUGUUUGUUAUUGAAACAUCUAAAAUUAAUAUUGAUUCAAUAUGUUUCCUUGCCACUUUUAUAUGUUCUUUUAAUAAGAGACACGUAAAUGCCCUUAUGAGUUACUUAACAUGUAAAACUGAAAUCGUACUUUGUGAUUGUAGGUUGCAUGCAGUUCAAGAUAUGUAUUAUGUAUUCAUUAUAUAUGGUUUCUCAUUGGACAGGCAAAUAUUCUGCAUUUUGUUUUGGUGCUAAAAUUCUAAAAUGAAGUUCAAGCCCAAAGAUGAUCAUAGAUAUUUAUGUAAUGAAUCUAUUAAUUUUCUAUUGUGCUCUUUACAGCUUAAGUUCUUUGCUUUGAAAGAUAUUUGUUUAUCACAUACUCAUUUAAUUAUUAUGAGAAUUGUAAUAUUUUUACAAUAUUGAUGUACAUAUUUUAUAAAAGUAUGCCAUUAAAUAAAAAUUGUAAUGUCACUGUUAUAA